GGCACCCACACCAUACAUUGUGGUAGACGAUGGAAUCGAACACGCGCGCAUUGUCAUCUAACUUCCGUGCCUUUUUAUAUCUGUAUGUAUUGUGAAAAAAAAAAGAAAAAAAGAUUCCCGCGCUUUUAUUUAUCUGUGGUGUCUCUGUCGUCGGUGAAGAUUUGCGGUCGUGUUUUUGGAAUGUAAAUUGACGCUACAAAAUAUGGAAUUUCUUUAUAAAAAAGAUUCGGAAACGAUUUUCCUUACGGCCGUGCUCCUUGUAGCGGCGGUCGUGACCCAGGACGUCAGCCCUGACUGCGCGUCGUGUAUCAAAGUCAACGCGACAUGUUACAACGUCUCAUACCUCUUCGACAUGAACGCCACAUUCAGGACGCAUAUUGUUGUUCACAAAAUGGGCAUAUUGCGGAGUGAGAAUGUACUUUUCUACAGCUUCGAGCCGGAAAUUGCCGACAAAGAGUAUUACAAGGUUGGCUUCGUUAACUUAGACAAUCCUGAUGUACAAGGAGUUAUCUCUGAUGAACAUAUAAAGGUACUGAACUUCGGAACGUUUGACAUCGAUCAAGACAACUCCAUUGUCUAUUUAGGGGGUUACGAUGGUAUUUUCACAUAUGGCAACACGAAGAAACUGGCCCCAUACAGUUCUAGAGGCGAUACGAUACUUAGUCUCUUUUACAAAGGUUUCGUUUACUUCGUAAAGUCGGAUGACAAUAGAAUCAUAUCGAAGAAAGGCGAUCAAUUUAAUAGCGUCUUAGAUUAUGUACCUAUUAAGAAUUUUGUUUUAACUAAAUACGACGUUAUUGUUUUCCUGAGUAAUUACGGUUUGUUUUUGCAUAAAAAAGGGGAAACUAUUUGGUUGUCCAAGAAUGCAUUCUUUAGGGGUUUGACGAUUGAUUUAGAUGAUACAGUAUACGCGUGGUGGAUAGAUGGUUUAUACAGAGUGGUCAUUGAAAAGAAUCUAGCCGAAUCUAGUAUUGUAAAAGUUGCACAUAUACCCGGAAUAGGAGCGUUGACUUUUGACAAUGACAACAAUAUCAUAUUUAAUUUAGAUAAGAGUGUGUUCAAAAUGACGGAAACUAAUGUGACCAAAUGUUAAUAAUGAAUUAAUUGAUAUUACAUAAUUCACUGUUUGUGUUCUCGAUGGAACUUCCUUAUAUCAAUCAUACGAUAUUAUUUAAAAUACUUGUACUUUGUUCCACGUUCUUUGUUGUAGUGUUGCCAUAUGCGAAUUAUGAUUUCAAUCCAAAUUUCAAAUAUUUCUUCUCCAAAUUUAUCAAUUUAUCGAUUUCCUUAAUUUUUUAGCAAAUUACAAACUUAUCUCUUAUCUACAUUUUAUCAUGUAACUAGUAUGCGGAAAAUAACAAAAAAUGCCUUUUAACUCUUCGCUACGUUGAGUUCUUCAUCUUUUUCUUGUGAUUUUUAACCAAUAUUACGAAAAAUAUCACAAUUUGGAAACGCUGCUUUGUUGUAAAAUGAUUUUAGUAUUUAUACGCGCGACCGGAUUCAAAAUGUCAUCCUCAAAUGAAAGUAUUUUAAAUAAAAACACCUAAUUGAUUAUGAAAUUGGUGUCUGUUAUUUAACGAAACGACUAAUCCUUUGUACAGAAACAGUUUGCUGCUCGAUAUUCAUCAUCAUCAUCAUCAUCAUCAUAUCAGCCUUUAACUGUCCACUGCUGAACGUAAGCCUUCCCCUUAUAGGGUUUUGUCAGUAGUUGCCAUGCUUGGCUGGCGGGUUGACAACCGCUUAGACUUUUAAGAAUGUGUUAAGAAUGAUCCUGCUGUCCAUCCUUCGGCCUUCUUUAGUCGCCUCUUACGACACCUACGGGAAAGGAAGGGGUGGCCUAUUCCACGCCGGGACCUACACGGCAAUUUUAAAUAUUUUUUUAAAUAAAUAAAUAAAUUCUUUGUUCGAUAAUAUGACUAGGGUUAAUAAGCAAGAGCUAAUAAAAUAAUUUAUAUUAAUUUAUUAUGAUUAUUUAUAAUAUCAAUAAGAAUAUUACAAAAUAAAUAAAUUAGUUAUAAAAAAUAAAUAAAUAAAUUUACAUACAAUUAGCAAUUACUGCGUUUUUAAGUAGAAGGGUAAUUUAUUUAUUUAUUCUUUUUUGACCACAUUACAAAAUAUGUUUGGUACAAAAGGUGGAUUUAAUGCUAUAUAAGAAUUCUCUCCCAGCCAACCUUUGGCAAAAAAAGAAAUGUAAUAAUGCGGUAAAAAAUUUAAAAUUAUUAUAGAUAAAUAAUUACAGACGUAUCCAUAUAGACAUACCAAAUUAUAAUACAUACAAUGGAGAAUUACUGUUCAUUAUGAUUCAAAUUAAAAAUUCAAAUUAAAAAUAUUUAUUCGUUCUUCACAAUACUGUAUAAACAAACUAUUUACUAAAGAAUACACAUUGUUAUGUAUUUUAUGUAUUGUGGAGUCUGAUGCCUGAAUUAGGAAAAGCUGUGCUACAGACAAAUAAUGAUCAUAUAAAUAAUAUGUACAUUAUCUGUACAAUAUCCUGUUUGUUCAAGAAAAUGAAUGGAUUGUUGAUGAAAAGUUAUAUUUAAGUAUCAAUGAUUUUAAUAAGGCUUAAGUUAACUUAAUCACUUAAUCGGAUUACUUACAAAUUUUCUCUGAAAUUAUAAGAAAUAGUAAUAUAUGUAUAUAUAUUUUCAUAUUUUGGCUUCGACUUUUUUUGGGUUGGUAUUAGCCAUUUUUAAAUAGUAAUAAUUAUGUUUUAUCAUUUUAUAGAUUUUGUUUAAUUCAAUUAUUAAGUUCAUUUAAUUCAUUAUGUUUUAUUUAGAUUAUAUUCUGAUAUAUACGUAAACAUUUAUAAUAAUGUUAUAAAGAGGAAAGAUUUGAUAGUAUGUUUGUAAUUGUAAUUAUUUUAAUUUUAUUUUAUCCUAAAUACCUAUGUGUAAAUUUAAGUUGUUGGUAUGGUAACCCCGCCUGCGCUAACGGGAUACGCUGGCGGAGCACCAGUGAAGGGUAAUAGAUGAGAAUGAAAACAGGCCAGUUAGCCCAUCAUGAUGAAUUCAUCAGGAAUUAACCAUGAUAGUUUCCAGGGAGAACCGCGAGGAGGUCGACCUGGUUGGGUAUAUUGCUAGCAAUAGGAUUCUCAGUCUCCAAUACUAACAAUCUCUUCCCCCCAAAAAUAUAUUAUUAUUAUUUGUCAUGGAUAAACUCAAAAUCUACUCAAUAGAUUUCAACAAUUCUUUCGCCUAUUAAAAGCUACAUUAUUAGAGAUUAACAUAGGCUAUAUUGUUCGCUAAUAAUUAUUUGCUUUUAAGCAAAACUAUUACUGGGCUGUAACCUAUUUGGGUCACUGGCACACGACGACACACAUGGCAAAAACAUAUUUUCAUAUUUUAUCUCUUGUUUUAUAUUUAAAAAAAUAUAAUUAAUUUGAUUGUAUAAACUCAUUUGUUAAUUGGUUAAAUUAUGAUUGAUUGUAUUCAUUAUUCAUGUAUGUAC